UUCUACAUGACCCCUGGCUGUGCAGGAAAGCACACACUUCCUCCGUGUGACGUCACGAGCUAGUUAGUUCUCCCUAGGCACACACAGUUAUCUGACUCGAGACGUCUGGAGUUUCACAGCACACCGACUUGUUCACAACAAAGCAAAGAUCACUGGUCACUAACUUCAAAGAGAUCAACAAUGACGACGCAACAUUUUCUAGCGCUACUUCUGACGCUGGUCAUCAGCAAUAUCGCCCACGGGGCUACUACAGAGGCUCCUUCUCCCAGCCCCGCAACUGGCAAUGUAGAGACUACCACAGUGACUAUGCACAUGGGACACACCAUGCAGCAUACCAUGGACCACGGAACCCAUCCCGGAAUGGACCACACCGGAAUGGACCACACCGGAACACACCACCACGGAACUCACCACCCCGGAAUGCACCAUACCGGAAUGGACCACACCGGAACUCACCACCACGGAAUGGACCACACCGGAACACAUCACCAUUCCGGUGGAGACCACGCGGGCACGCACCACCCCGGCAUGCAUCACACCGGCACGCACUCCAUGGACCACUCCGGAAUGGACCAUGGCUCGGGACAUAGCUCGUAUUUCUACUUCGGUCACCACGAGGUUGUUGUUUUGUUCCUGGAGUGGACGAUCAAUACAGUACCAGCUCUUAUUGGCUCCUGUAUCGGAGUGUUCGCCAUCGCUAUGCUGUACGAAGGCCUGAAGGUUUGGCGGGAAAUGUUGAUCGUCCGGGCACAGGACAGUAAGAAGGCGGCCUCCAACUCAUACAGUAUGACCAACAUUGCGAACGGCAAAAGUACCAGCACUCUGGACGUGGACAUUGCCCCACGGGCGACAACACCUAGGACAAGGGACCAGAUCUGUAACUGCAUGCACGCGCUGCAGUCUCUCCUGCACAUCGUCCAGGUCCUGGUCAGCUACGGGCUGAUGUUGGUCUUCAUGACGUUUAACGUCUGGCUGUGUCUGUCCGUGGCGUUCGGGGCAGGUGCCGGCUACUUCGCCUUCGGCUGGCGCAGGCCCAUAACCGUGGAUAGGAACGAACACUGCCAUUAAACAUAACUUCCUAUAACAGAGAAUUACAGUCUGUGCCAUACUUUAUUCAGAUUGUAAACAAUAGUCAAUACAAUACACACAGGUCACAGGCAGCUAUUGCUGGUGUUGUGACCCACACAUUAACACAUGGACAUAAGUACACAUUGUACCGUGUACAAAUGUCGUGCAAGCAAUAAAGUCCAUUCAGUUUUAAGGAUACAAAUUUAACAUGAGCUUUCUUUUAGUGAGAAAAAUCGAUUACAUUGUUCCAUAUCCAGGUAAUGUGACAUAUAUCCUGGAUGAAAAGACAAUGGUUUCUUAUAACUCAAAGUACUCUAUUUGUGAUCCCAAUGAGAUCAAUAAGACAUGCCCAUGGAAUUACCAAUCGUUGUUUUCAAAUUUGGGUGCAUUAUGUUGUGGACUGUGGUGAAAAUAUAAUGUCGCAAUGGACUGUUGGUCAGUUUUGAUUAAAAGAAGCCAGAUGAGAUAAUAUAUCAUUGUAAUGAAUUAAUCUAUAUCAACUUGUCAUUAUUUCAAAUCGAUCUCACAAUAUACACAAGAAUUAGAUUCGCCUGUAAAUUGCUAUGCAAUUGUUCUUUGUAAUGUUAUGCAAACACUGAAUACAACUAAAUUUGGGCUACAUUUGAGCCAACAACUUGAUUUAAAAAACACCAUCACCAGUUCAUUUAGCGCUGUAAGUACAAACUCACUGCCAUACACACUAUCAAUGAUGAGGAUAACCUAAACAGGCUUGAAUAUAACAUAUCACAACCUACCUUUAAAUUUGAUGUCACUACAUGUAGAUCAUUGUUGUCGUUCACGUCACGUUGUAUCACACUUUAUUAAUUAAGCAAAUGCGCGUGACACGGUGUGCUUCUUAUGGUUCAAUAAAUUGUAGUUAAGCAAGA